AUGAGCGACCUACAAAAGGCCUUUGUCAAAGCCAAACUCGCCAAAUACCCACCUGAAAUUCCCAUCUUUGACGAAAAUGACGAGGAUGCUGCUUCGACAGGAACCAGAGGGAGCGGCACGAUAGAGGAGGAAGGAGGAGAGGAUUUUGACUCGUCAUCCACGUCUUCGGCUUCUUCCGCGGGGACUGUUGUGCCUUCGCCUUCGAGGAAUCUCUUUGCGAAACCGAGUUCUAUACCAAGACAACGCACCAACUCAACAGAGUCAUUGACAUGGAGGGACUUUUUUUCACGAGAAUUGUUUAUUGAAAGAGAUAUAGAUGGUUUACAUAUUGUCUAUCAUGCAUACAUCACACCACCUACUGAUUCUGGACCUUUGUUUGUGAUGCAUCACGGCGCAGGUUCCUCGGGGUUAUCGUUUGCUGCCUGCGCAUCUGAAAUUCGCAAGAUAAUUCCUGAGGCCGGGAUAUUGUCUUUAGAUGCUCGUCAUCAUGGAAGAACUAUUGUUGAGACGAGAGAUGGCAGCCCAGUACAACUGGAUUAUCGAUUAGAAACAUUGAGCCAGGAUCUUCUUUCUGUGAUUAGAGGGACGCAGACACAGAUGGCCUGGGAUACACUACCAGAUUUAGUUCUGGUAGGACAUAGUCUCGGAGGAGCUGUUAUUACCGAUGUUGCUAGAGGUGGAGAGUUAGGAACAAAGGUGUUGGCGUAUGCAGUUUUGGAUGUUGUUGAGGGCUCUGCGAUAGAUGCUUUGCAGAGUAUGGACACUUAUAUCUCGACUCGACCAACGAGGUUCCCUUCUUUAUCUUCGGCUAUUGAGUGGCAUUUCCGCUCUCGAACAAUCCGCAACAUCACCUCCGCCCGAAUCUCCGUCCCAUCCCUCCUAACAGAAGAAGACAACCCCUAUGACCAAUCCAGACCCUGGAUCUGGCGCACAAAUCUAGCAGACACAAAACCCUUCUGGGAAGACUGGUUCAAGGGCCUCAGCAAAAAGUUCCUCGAAGCCAAAGGCGGCAAAUUAUUGCUACUUGCCGGCACAGACCGACUCGAUAAAGAGCUUAUGAUUGCGCAAAUGCAAGGGAAAUAUUCACUGCAGGUCCUGCCUCUUGCAGGCCAUUUUAUUCAGGAGGAUCAACCGGCGAAGACGGCGAGGUUUUUGGUCGAUUUUUUCAAGAGGAAUGACAGGACGCCGUUGGUGCUGCCGCCUAAAGUUGGGGAUAUUAUGGCUUCGAGGGCGAUGGAGAAGGGCGCUGGUAUAAAAUAA